GCAAUGCACUUCUUCAACCCAUGCAGUGAAAGGAGGAAUUUUCACGGGUUAGAUUUAGCUCACGGGGCUGGGUUAGGUCUCGUUGUUAGUCCCAGUAUUGAUGUCGGUUCAGAAGCGUUUUUGUAAGGGGUACGGGAGCCGUGCAUUUUUAGCUACUGAUCCUUUAACAUUCGGAACGCCGAUAUCCCUCACCGUCGUGCCAAAAGAUGUACCGAAUACUCCUCCGACUCUGUCCAUCGUGCACACUAUAGAGGGUAAAGGAUCAGAUAUCUGUCUGGCCGCCGGGUUUUUCCCUAGAGAUAAGAAAAUGAUUCUAAAUGAUGACAAUGAUAAAAGUUUGAAUACCAGCAAUGCUGCCUUGUUCCCGGCCAGCAAAACUUAUUACUAUGCUGGUUUCAACAAAGAGAGUAUUCAAAAAUGCAAAAUGGAUGAAACAAUAAUAGAAAAAGAGGGUGCCAAAACUCCUGACAGUCCCGUGACAGCUAACCCGUCUGAGAAAAAGAAUGUUCCACUGUCUUGUCAACCGAGUAGUUCGGUUUCCGCUAACACUGGUGGUCCUAAAAUGAACUCCAUGACCCUACUUAUGACAGGCAUGAGAAUUCUGUUUGCUAAAUGUGUCGCAGUCAAUGUAUUGAUGUCUGUCAAGGCAUUCAUAGUUUAGAAGAUAAAUUCAGCUAAAUAUGAAUUCAGCCGAUAGGAAUGUUUCUAUCAAGCCACAAUGUCCGCCUUUGCGUGUCUUUUGUAAUUAAUGUUACAUAGAUCAAAAUUAUAUGUAGAUAAAAUAAAAUGUGUUGUGUUAACUUUCUUGACAUUUUACAGAACUUAAAUAAUGCUUUGCAGUGCUUUGGAUUUAUAUAGCGUUUUAUGAUUUUGUUACAAACAAGUGAAAGGUAGAAAUGGAGUAUGUUGUUUCUUUAUUAUUGUUAUUCUUUUACAAAAUGUACAAUGUAUUUUUACUUGUAUAGCGAGUGGUAUUACAGUCUGUAAGACUUUUGUGUCUAUAAGAUUAUUUUAAUUUCAAAUAAAACUUGUACUCAAAUAAAAAUGGCUUGAUGAAAGAGAAGUUUCAUUUGAGUGUGUCUAAACCACAGUUUCAACAGCACAUACGUGGCAGAGAUGCACUCAACCCACACUUUCAGAUAAAGAUCGACUGCUCGCUUCGGCUUCCAAGAAAUUGUGUGUUUUGUGACUUUUUUCCACCGCGUGAGAGACAGCUGUACAAAAGCCUUAAAGUCUACCACCACAAUUUGUGAGGUCUUUUAGAUUACUUCUCUUUUACGUAAAUUACUUAAAUUGAUUACAAAAUUAAAUCAAUAAUAAUAAUAAGCAAAUAAAUAAAAAAUGUUCAAACCACUUUGUUAGGCUAUUG